CGUACACGUGUGUGCCCCACGCAGUGCAUGCUGUAUGUGGACAGUGCUAGUGCAGUGCAAAUUGCUUUGUGUUUUGUAGAAAUCGAGGUUGGAAGUUCAGUUUGGGGUAAUCACAGGUUUUUUUCUGGGUGGAAAGACAUCAGAAUCGCUAAGAUGGCCAGACCAUGGAAGGAGGAAAAGAGGCAGAUCCGUGUUGUGACGUUGAAUUGCUGGGGCUUGAUGUAUGUUAGCAGUCACCGUGAGAAACGAAUUGGAUGUCUUGGAGAUGAGCUAGCUAAAGGAUGCUAUGAUGUGGUUACAUUACAAGAGAUUUGGAUGGAGAAAGAUUACAAACAGAUAUGCGACAAGGCAAAAGAUGUUCUGCCCUACCAUCAUUAUUUCCAUAGCGGAUUUCUCGGAAGUGGCAUGUGCAUCCUUUCCAAGUGGCCCAUAGUAGACACACUGUUUCAUGGCUACUCACUGAACAGCUAUGCCUAUCGCAUUCUGGAAGGAGACUGGUUUGGGGGCAAAGGAGUCGGACUGUGCGUGAUUCAAGUGGACGAUUUCACCGUCAACGUCUACACGACCCAUAACACAGCGAUGUACGCACCCUCCAAUGUCUUUUCGGCAGAUGAGCACUUUACUCAUCGUCUCCUGCAAGGCUACGAGCUCAGCAAGUUUGUGCGAUUUACGGGCACCAACAGUGACCUGAACGUGGUGACCGGCGACUUCAACACGGAGGAUAACUCCUUGGGGUUGAAGGUCGCUAGGGUCAAUGCAGACCUCCAAGAUGCUUGGCUGGAUCGUCCAAAUCAGUGCAAGGAUGAGCCAUGCUGUACAGUAGAAGCCCCCGAUAAUUGCUACACGUCGACGAAGACCAGAUUCUAUCCUCAGCACCCGGGCAUGCGUAUUGACUACAUCUUGUACAAUGCCAAGCCGAGAUCAUGUUGCGUGACCUGCCGGGACUGCAGACUGACCUUCAAGAAAAUCCCAGGAACGGACAUCAACUACUCGGACCAUGACGGAGUCGAGGCACUCUUCGAACUUGAAAAGGGACGAGAUGACCAAGUUCUAGAACCUUCAGACGAGGAGGGCCGUCUUGGUGUCCUAUUGGAAAUGCUUCCAUACCUCAGUGAUUCCAUCCAAAAGAUCACACGGCAGCGCUUCUGCUACCUCCUGGUUUCCCUCCUAUUUUUCCUCUUACUGGCAUCUCUCUGGCUGAGUGGUGCAUUCCACUGGCAGACCAGCGUUUACGCUCGUUGCGGGGCGCUCGUCGCGCUGUUGGCCCUUGUCGUGUUGGGGCUGGCAGCACUAUGUAUCGGUGUUUCCGUCAAGACGACGGAGUUGAACCAGUUGAUUGGCAGGAAGAGGGAAAUAACAUUGAAUGUGAGACGGUUAGAAUCUCAGCUUAAAAACAAGUAAGGAAAUGGCGUUACACAAGCCACUGGGCCUAUUGACGAAAGUCAGCCCUGUCUCCGACUGUAGCUCUCUUUCCUGCUCUGAAAUCACAUGCAGUCCAUUGGACCUAAUGAAAAGUCUCUGGCUUUUACCUUGAUGUACAUGGUGAUGCUCUAUAUCAAAGCAAUGACUCAUUUGGCUGGACUCCACAUGUACAGUGGCAGGAACUGCAAAGUUAGGAAUGGCCAAAACUGGGAUAUAUCUUGAGUUAGUUUUAAGGAAUGGGCCUUAGCGCAGUGCACUCAAGUCCUUGCUAAAAUUUAUCUGAACUUUGCUGACCACGUGUCUCCCUUCCACACAUACACUCACACAAAUAACACCUAUAAUUACAGAUGAACCAAAGGUAAGUCAGGUCCAUUAAAGUUUCAUAUUUAAGAAAAACUUGUUUUGCAUUGUGAAGGAUUAAGAGUCAAGCCCACUUUUUCAGUCGAGUCAAAGUUAAUAAUCAUGUUUUUCAAUUGCUUUUUCAAUAAAUAAUUAGUAUCUAAUAAUUGAGAAUCUACACACAAUUGGUUUUUGUUUGCUUUGCUGGGGCCGAAGCACUCAGUGAUACAAGGGGAAGUCAGACAAGACAAAAUCCUGACGUUUUUCAUCAAAAUGAAAUAUUUAUUACUACUUUUUACAAACAAAUGUAUCUUUUCAAACAGGAAUGACAAUAACUUCAGCACAGGUUUACUACGUUUACCUGCAGAAUAUUGUUCAGAUUUAUCUUUUGUGCAAAAGUUACGAGUAUGUUAAAUGCAGUA